AUGGAAAACGCUUCGGAAAAUUUGACGAGUGCUCCUGCUGCUGCGAAUACGACUGGUACUACGGGAGUUCCGACUGCUCUUCCUCCUGCUCCGACUUCCACUGGUACUCCAGAAGUUCCGACUGGUCCUGCGACUCAAUCUACUACAAGAUUCCUUCAGGAAAGGAUCCUUACUCACCUCCUGAAAACGCAGGAAGAGUUUGAUAAGGAGUUUGACCCACACACUUCGUGGUCUGAACAAAGGGGAUUAUUUAGUGAUUCUCUAGACCGUCCACUACAUAAUAUGCAGGAGAGAUUUGAUGUUUUAAACUUCGAUCUCUUCUUCUCACAGUGGCAAGAGGAUGAUAAACACUCGCCGAGGGGGUUUUCCGAUCCACGCGAUUCCGGAAUAAAUGAAGCACAACCAACAGCGACCACAGAACAGGUUCCGUCUCAACCAGGAAUCACCGGAGCACAAUCAACAGCGACCACAGAACAGGUUCCGUCUCAACCAAGACCUAAGACCAGAAGUUCAACUACUGCUGCUGCAUCAAAUGCUACACCAGUCCGUAGUUCAACUACUGCUGCUGCAUCAAAUGCUACACCAAUCCAUAUGACAAGAAGCUCAAGUGCUGCUGUUGCUGCAUCACAAGCUCCUACAAGUGUACUUAGGCGUGAACCAGCUGCCACUGCACAACGAGGUAAACCUAGGAAAGAAGCAACUAGCACUGGAAUAAGUGUAGGCAAGACAAGUGCCAGUGGCUCACGAAGGGGUGGAAGAGCAAGGGUCUCUACGAGGGAGGAAGGAACGAGACAAGUACCAGUGCAAGAGGAAGAGGAAGAAUCAGAAGGGUCUAUUGAAUUUAGAAAGAAUGUGUAA